ACGAUACUUUUGCACAGGAUAGUGAAGGGGAGGAAGCAGCAAUCGAAGGUGAUUCUUCUCCCCCCCUACGUCGCCGCCGCGGAGUUACGGGUAAUGUUCAAUUUAGGCUACAGCGAGAUUUUCCGCUUGUUGAACGUCACUUUCGAGGACGGGGCGUACACCUGGAAGGACCAGGCAAACCGGGUGUUCAAAACGGCGAACAAGCGGUGCGUCUUGAUUCCGUAUAGAAUCGCCGCGGCGGCAGCCGCGGAUUUCGGGUUGGAGCCGAAAUUGUUGGAUGUAGAGCCGGAAUGGGACCGGAAGGUGUUGGCGGAACGGAUGUUGGAAGGGAUGAACAAGAAGGAUAAAAGUUCUGGUGAUCAUGUGCAGAUGCCCCUUUCGUCGACGAAAAAUACUAGCAUGACAACUUCCAUUAUCCCGACAGUCGUCGUCCUGGGGCACAUUGACGAGGGGAAAACCUCUUUCCUCGAUCGGGUGCGCGGGACGAAUGUCGCGAGGUUGGAGCCUGGUCGGAUCACGCAGGAUAUCCGGGCAUUCACGAUUAAG